AGGCGAAAACACGCUCCUUGUGUUUAUCCCCUGUAGUCCUUCUUAAGUUUGUGACUUUUAAAUUCCAUUAGACAUGAAUGACACUGAAAUAUAAAUGGAAUUUUCGUUUUUUUUUCUUUUUUUUUUUUUUUUUUAAGAAUAAUCCGAUUAAACUUAACACUUCCAUGUUAUAAUUAUGUUACAAACUAAACUUCCUUGCGUGAAACGAAACUAAUAAAAAGUAAUUUAUGUAUAAACAAAAAAGUUUCAUCGUCAAUAAAAUUUUUAUCACUAUUAGUGAACAGUGCCUGCUGUAUUAGGACGUAACAUCAUUGAAAUCAUUCGUAAGCACGUCAGAUUUUUGUAUUACCUACACGUGAUUCGAAUCAUGAUUCACGUUCAAUCAAAUAAAUUAUUAAGUGCGAUAAGUCUAUUUCAUUUGCACAGUUCUUGAACGUCGAUAUCGUGAUUAACGAUCGAUGAAUGACAUUCUCUUUGGGUCAUCGUGCAUCGUUGAAGAGGAUUUUAAUUAUUACAUCGAAAAUACUGACAAUGUCCGGAAAGUUAUGGACCGUUGAACAGAAAUCGUUGUCAAUGGAUCGUGGAUGAGCAUCAUGGCGAAUCAAACGGCUGAUUACCAUGGCGACGUUUAUCAAUGGAAUCGAACAGUGCCGACGGAUGAACGCGAUACGCAAAUGGAAUAUUAUCUGCCCAAUUGGACCGAUCUCGUAUUGGCUGCCCUGUUCUGCAUGCUGAUCGUCGUCACUAUAGUUGGUAACACACUGGUUAUCGCAGCAGUAAUUACAACGAGACGAUUGAGGUCCGUUACUAAUUGUUUCGUAUCCAGUCUGGCUGCCGCGGAUUUAUUGGUCGGUUUGGCCGUAAUGCCACCAGCUGUAUUACUACAGUUGAACGGUGCAAGUUGGGAACUGGGUGAAAUCCUGUGCGAUUCUUGGCUGUCCUUGGAUAUUCUUCUCUGUUCAGCCAGUAUCCUAUCGUUGUGUGCGAUAUCCAUAGACAGGUACCUAGCUGUGACCCAACCAUUAGUCUACAGCCGAAGACGAAGAAGUAAGAGAUUAGCUGGUUUAAUGAUCGUAGCUGUCUGGAUACUAGCAGGUGCGAUUACGAGCCCUCCUCUUCUUGGCUGUUUUCCACGAGCAACUGAUCGUGAUAGCAAAAAGUGUACCUACAACAUGGACUCUUCUUCCUACGUUAUAUUCUCCGCCUGUGGGUCUUUCUUCUUACCUAUGUUAGUUAUGCUUUACGUUUACGGAAGGAUUUCCUGCGUUAUAGCUAGUCGACAUAGAAAUUUGGAGACAAAUGAGGCUGAUAAAACUACUAAUCGACGAACUCGACAUGCAACGCUCGAACGUACAAAAAGUAUGAAGAUUCGACGUUCGGAAUGUACGGUUGAUGGUGAUCCUUGCGAAAGAACAUCAACCGAGGGUGACGUUACGAGCAGCAGUUGCAAGAAAGUAGGUAUAGUUCGAGGUCAUCAACAAAGCUGCAUCAACAGGGUAGCAAGAGAAACUAAAACCGCUGGCACAUUGGCUGUAGUAGUGGGUGGUUUCAUAGCUUGCUGGUUACCAUUCUUCAUUCUCUAUCUUGCCACUCCGUUCGUCCCAAUGAAACUACCGGACAUCCUGAUGCAGGCAUUAACGUGGCUAGGUUGGAUCAAUUCAGCGAUAAAUCCAUUUAUCUACGCGUUUUAUUCGGCCGACUUCAGGGAAGCGUUCUGGAGGUUAACGUGUCGGAAGUGUUUCAAAAGUCAAACGACCUUGAAUCACACCGAACGGAAAUUACCAACACCUGCGACGUGGAGGAAGAACGCAUCAAGAACGUGAAGAAGAAUCGCAGAUCGAUCGAUUGAUCAUUGAAAUGAUUGAAAAUAGAUCGCGAAGGACGUAGUAAAGGGGAAAUACGAUUUUCAAUUGUGCAUGAUCGAUAUUUUCCCCUCCUUCUUAUCCCCGUCAACCCUAUACUCCACGUAUCUAUGAAAGAAAAAGUACGUAGGAUAAGAAAAUGAAAUGAAAAAAGGAAAAGAAACAUUUCGUUUCGUUUCGUGAGAUGUUGCUGAAGAAGAAAUCGUCUAACGAUGUUUCCUGUAUCGAGGAUAGUCUCCUCACAUCGUUUGGGUAUUCUGAUAACGAGAAAUAGAGUUAACGAAAAAUGGAUGAAGAUAGAUGAAUAGAAAAAAAGAAAAAGAGAAAAAGAGAGAGAGAGAGAGAGAGAGAGGGAGAGAUUGAAGAUCUUCCGUUCUUUAACGAAUCUUUUCACGAGGAUCACAAUCAAUUUUCUUUUUUUAUAUUUCCUAACAAAUGCUACACUCUUAGCAUAACAUUCGAUACUCGUAGAUUAAAUUCUAAACAUAUACUAAAGUAAGUUACUAUAUAAAUUAUAUAUUGAUAUUUAUGUUACAUAUAUAUAUAUAUAUAUAGAUUUACUGUAAUGUAAAGUUCGGUACAUUUCAGAAUGAGAAAAGUUCUAUUUACCUUCUUCAAAGAUCGUUUCAACUGAUCGGUCUGUCGAGCUCUAAGUUUGAACCAAGGCCACUUCUCUGUAUUGCUCUCUCUAUCUAUCUCUCUCUCUCUCUCUCUCUCUCUCUCUCUCUCCUCUUACUUGUCUAAUUUAGCAGUGGAUUAGAGCUUGGAUUAGUUACGGUUUAACUCUGCGUUAGUAUCGAUUUGACCCUCGGUUGUUUCUGAAUUAGAGCUGCGUUAGGUCCUCCAGUGAAAACUUCCAAAUUAGACGCUCAUAGUUAGAGGAGAGAGAGAGAGGAAGAGAAUGCAAGAGAAAAUGAUAGAUAGAGAGAGAUAUAUAAAGAGAUAGAGAAGACUCGAGAGGCUAGUAGUUUCUAUCUCGUCGACCUAGGAAAAUCGAAUUCCCUUCGAAAGUAACGUCAAAGCUUUCGACGAUAUAUCAAGAGAUGCUUUUUGUCGGUUUUUUUUUUUUCUUGUCUCCUUUUAUCGAGAAACAGAGAUAAGAAACAGGAAGAUAUAUUUUUGAUGAAAAAGACUUAAUACCAAUAUGAUUUU